AUGGCUGAACACUUGUCCUAUGCUGGGAGGCUUCAAUUGGUGAAGAGUGUGUUGUUUGGUAUCCAGACUUAUUGGGCUCAAAUUUUUAUUCUUCCGAAGAAAAUUCUGAAAGAGAUUGAGGCUAGGUUCAGGUGCUUUCUUUGGACUGGAUCCUCUGCCCCUGCUAAGAAGUCUUUGGUUGCUUGGAAUAAUGUCUGUCUUCCUAGAGUUUGUGGUGGCUGGAACUUGCUUUCUCUUCUUGAGUGGAAUAAAGCAGCUGUCACUAAGUUACUUUGGGAUAUUGCUCACAAGGCUGAUAAUCUCUGGGUUAAGUGGGUCCAUAUCUACUAUUUCAAGCAUAAAGAUUGUUGGACCACCCCUACCCCUGCUAGAUGCUCUUGGUUCUUGAAGAAGAUUUUGAGUUGUAGAGAUGCUGUGAAUGAUCAAAGGGGAUGGGAUGGUUUCGUACAGGGAAACAAGUUGAAAAUUAAGAAGCUUUAUGCUGCUAUUAGGCCUCAAGUGCCUAAAGUUCCUUGGAAGAGAGUUACUUGCCAUAACUUAGCAACUCCCAAAAGUGUUUUUAUCUUGUGGCUAGCUUUGUGGAAUAGGCUUGUCACUAAGGAUAGGUUGCUUCAAUGGCACAUCUCUUGUGAUCCAAGGAAGGUUUGGAGCAAGGUUUUGGGUAUCUUACAUGUUUCCAAGCCUGUUCAGCAGUUUAGUGAUGAGGUCGAUUGGAUGAAGAAAAUCUACAGAAGUUCCAGAUUGAAGAAUAAAGUGAUCCAGGUGGCCUUCACUGAAACAGUUUAUGGUAUUUGGAUCCAAAGGAAUGCAGUUCUCUUUACUGGUUGCUGCAAAUCUGUUGAUGCCCUAGUUAGGGAUAUUGUUUUUCAUUCAAUUAUCUGUCGUGUUCUGGUUGCUCGUUUGGCUCUUUUUUUUAUGUUGGGUUCUGAUUGUGCUUUUAUUUUCUUGAAGUUGAGAUUCUCGUUGCAUCUUUAUUGUAUUGCUGUUCUUUUUCUACUGACUGUAUCUCUCUGCUGUCUACUGGUUGUUGCUGUCUGCUUUGCUGUCUCUGCAGUCCUGGUGCUGUGUUCUGCUGGUUGUGCUGUUGUGCACUGCUGA